UCAUCUCUUGUCCUGGCUGAGCUGGUCUCAUCCUCUCCCGCCCAAGAACAAAGGCUUCCGGAAACAGUCCAGUCUAAGCACACUGCAGUGGAGAGAAGCCAACCGCCUAGCAAGCCCCAACCGGUGUACGAAAGGGAGAGGGCAGGAGCCAUGACGGUUAAGGCAGCUUGACCCCACACAGCCAUGGUUCGAGUCCCAGACUCAGCAGCUUGAAAACCACGCCAGGGGUCUCUGUGGAUGGCAUCCCAGACCCUCCUGGAACUCCAGCUCUCCAACCAGAGCCAGCUGUCCCCUCUCAACACCACGUCCUGUGACAAUGCUCGGGAAGCCUGGGACCUGCUACACCAAGUGCUACCAAUUUUCAUCCUCACCAUCUGCGCCUUCGGCCUGCUGGGAAACCUGUUCGUCCUGUCCGUCUUCCUCCUGCUCAGGCGCCAGCUGACUGUGGCAGAAAUCUACCUGGUCAACCUGGCAGCUUCCGACCUGGUAUUUGUCCUGGGCUUGCCCUUCUGGGCACAGAACAUCUGGAACCAAUUCGACUGGCCUUUUGGGGACCUCCUCUGCCGCGUCGUCAAUGGAGUCAUCAAGGCCAACUUGUUCAUCAGCAUCUUCCUGGUGGUGGCCAUCAGCCAGGACCGCUACUGCGUGCUGGUGCAUCCCAUGGCCGCCGCAGGCGGCCCCUGGCCCAGCCGCAGGCGGCGGCGGCGGCGGCGGGCCCGGGCCACCUGCAUGGUCAUCUGGGCCGUGGGGGCCCUCCUGAGCACCCCGACGUUCCUGCUGCGAUCCGUCAGUGCCGUCCAGGAUCUGAACAUCUCUGCCUGCAUCUUGCUGUUUCCACACCAGGCCUGGCACUUAGCAAGGAUCGUGGAGUUGAAUGUGCUGGGGUUCCUACUGCCCUUGGCUGCAAUCAUCUUCUUCAACUGCCACAUCCUGGCCUCCCUGCGAGGGCAGGGGGAGGUCAGCCAGACACGGUUUGGGGGCCCCAAGGACUGCAAGACCACCGUGCUGAUCCUCACGCUCGUGGCUGCUUUCGUGGUCUGCUGGGCCCCCUACCACUGCUUCGCCUUCCUGGAGUUCCUGUUCCAGGUGCGAGUUGUGCAAGGCUGCUUCUGGGAGGAGUUCAUCGACCUGGGCCUGCAGCUGGCCAACUUCUUUGCUUUCACCAACAGCUGCCUGAACCCGGUGAUUUAUGUCUUCGUGGGCCGGCUCUUCAGGACCAAGGUCUGGGAACUGUACCAGCAAUGCACCCCGAGACGGCCAGCUCCACUGUCCUCCUCCCACAGGAAAGAAGUCCUCCAGCGUUUCUGACAGACUUAAAUCAACAGUGAACUGAGAAGCUUGGCUUCCUUAGCAAGUGUUUCUGACACUAUAAAUACUAUGGUAACAGGCUGGAGAGUGACCCCCUACACACACACACAAGAAUCAAAAUAUCCAGGCCUGAGCCCUGGAACUUGUGUGUGUGGCAUUCCAUGGUAAUGGGGGCUUGGCAGAUAGGAUUAAACUGAGGAUCUUGAGACAGGGAGAUGACCCUGGAUUCUCCCGGGCUCAGAGGGAGCAAUAUAAUCACAAGGGCCCGGAUAAGAGGGAGGCAGGAGGGUCAGACUGAGGAGAUGGAAAGACAGAGAAGUCAGAGUUGCAAGACCUCAGGCGGAGGAAUGCAGACUCCCCCUAGAGGCUGGAAAGGGCAAGGCAAUGGCGUCCCCUCUGAAGCCUGUAGGAGGAACCAGAUCUGUUAACCCUUGACUUCAGCCCACUGAGGCUGGCUUUGGAUUUCUAGGCUCCAAAACUGUGAAAUAAUAAACCUGUGUUGUUUUAAGCCA